AGCAUGUCCAGAAGCAGAUGAAACACUUGUGGGCUGCGGAACCCCAGGACUCCCUGGCAGAGGGACGAUAGUGAGAGUGACGGUUACCAUUUAGGGAGCAUGGACAUUGUACUAAGUGCUGUCAUCUCAAUGCUGUGAAGCAAUUACUCUCUUUGAGCCCAGCUGAUUCUUCGCUGAAGCCACCCUCCUCCACCCUGGCUGCUUCUCACCUGCGCUGCGUACAGCUGCUCAUCCUCUUGGGGAGAUUUCAGGCUUUUCGUGAGUUCCUGCCAAUCCCAGAAGCCGGUGGAAAGGAAGAAAAGAAGACAGGUGUAGAGCUUCAAACUGAAGACAGCUCAUCCAGUCCUAGCCCCUUUCCUCUUCCACCUCUACUUUCAGGCAGGUGCUGACGGCGGAAGGACAGUGUUGAGCCCAAGGAGAUGCAAGAGAGUGGCAGUGGACUCUCCAGAGCCUCGAUGGCAGAGGGAGCAGGAAAGGCAUCUCAGCCACGGGUCCCGCACACACAGGCACAGGCUGUGGCUGCCAAUCGGAGACAGCAGGAGAAUGGCAAAUUUACGUUUGUUCAACCUGCUACCUACCCACAGGUAGAAGUGAUCAAGGUGUGAGCGUCAAUAAGACACUUGGAACGGGGCUGGUUCGUGGGAAGUACUGGAUGUGUAUUUGUUCAGUCCAAUAAUACAACGGGCUGCUGUCCCGUGAGUCUCCAUGUGAAACCAUCCGGACCAUACCUGAUGGACAAGGGACUGUCCAGAAGCCAGAGUCACCUGCACAGGCAGGAGCAGGGCAGAAAUCAGGGCUGGUACCACAGCUCCGCGGAGCCCUGGGGUCUAGAAGGCUGGGCGUCGGGCAAAGCUUGGGAAGAGACUGGCAGACGGCCUGGAAUUACUGCUCAUUGAACAAUUGCCUCCUGUUCCAGCUGUGCUGGGUGAACUUAAAACGGUCCAAGAAGAGAUCUUUCCAGCAAGAGAGCAUCUCUGUAAGUCACCUAGGAUAUGGAAAUGAGAGGCCACAAGAGUUUGAUGUGGUCUGAGCGUGGCCGGAGAGGGGGACGCCCACCCCAGCAGACGGACUCACGUGGUGUGGAGAAGACCUGGGUGCUGAGAGCCAUGGCGCACAGGAGGACGGCGAGGACAGCCCCGGAGACCUUCAUGGUGCCGAGCAGGUGACGAGUCUGGCCACUGCCUUUGGUGUACCACUUCCCCCUGAGGUACAGCCCACUUCUCCCCUCCGCCUCCCUCCUCUUCCUCCGUGAUGACAUCUCGCUGGUGGCAAGAAGCUGCAAGGAGCUCCUCACUCUCGGUUAGUUCCAGUUUCCUCAUCGGCACCAUGACAUCAUGUCUGCCGUGGAAAUUCCACUCAUCCUCCCGUGCCACCAUCGCACUUCUUGGCCUCAGAGUUCCUAUAAAGAGGGACUCCCGCCUCGGUAGCAGCACAGAACGCGGCCAGCUUCUGAAGCUCCUGGGCUCUGCAGCCUCUGCCCUGAGAAAGGCCCUCCUCCAGCCAGACCAUGAAGCUCGGCGUGACCGUCCUCUCUGUCGCCCUGCUGGUGGCCGCCCUCUGCCCUCCUGCGCUCUCUGCGCCAAUGGGCUCGGACCCCCCCACCUCCUGCUGUUUCUCGUACACCCUGCGGAAGCUUCCUCGUCACUUCGUGAUAGAUUACUACGAGACCAGCAGCCUCUGCUCCCAGCCAGCUGUGGUAUUCCAGACCAAAAAGGGCAGGCAAGUCUGUGCCAACCCUAGCGAGUCCUGGGUCCAGGAGUACGUGGAUGACUUGGAACUGAACUGAGCCGCUCCAGGCUGGAAGUCUUCAGGGCAGUGCACCUGAGCCAGGACGCUUCUCAGUGAGACGCACCUGCUUCCUGUUCAUGGCUCCUCUAGGGAGUCCCCGGCCCGCCUCUUAAUUUAAUCUAUAUUAUGUGCUGUACUAUGGUAUUUGGUGGUCUUCCACUAUCUAUGUCUGUUUUGUCAAAGGACAUGUGUCCCCUAUGGGGAUGGUCCACCAUUGUUUCUCUGCUGUUGCGGAUCCAUGGAAAAGUUGAUUCUAUGUAUUCUCAUAAUAAAACUU